GACGUACAGGGGCAGGCUGCAACUCCACUCCGCAGUCUCCUCUCCUCAUUCCGCUAGUCUGGCUCCGCAAACCUCCCAGAUCUCACACCGAGGAGGAGGCGAGUGAAGCAGAGGAGCGCGCAUCCACCGUUAGAAGAGCACAAUGUCUGCUUCGUCAAACGGCCGUGUGGUGACAGAGGAGGAGUUUCAGCGGCGCGGCAGCCACCACCUCCAGUUCUACCCCAGAGUCACAGGGCACCGCACGGGCCCCGGCACCCACCUCAACCACAACGGCACCCGCUGGGCCCCGCCCCCUCCCCCGCCGCCUCCCACCCACCGCCAGAGCGCCCCAUCGCAGAGCUGCAGCUACAGCCUCUCUCACUUCGGCCCUCACACUCAGGCUCAGAGGUUCAGCUGUCAGAUCUCCAACAGCAGCAUUUCCAACAUGAACAGAGCCACGGAGAGGAUCGGCGUCCAGGUGCCGGGGGCCAAGUUUGUGAAGGAGCCGCUCUAUCCUAAACCUCCGCAUCAGACCGACCUGAGCCAGAAGUUGACGUUGUGUAGUAAGUUGUGUUUCGCCAUCGGAGGAGCUCCCAAAGAAGUAGCUGCCAGCGCCACGGCCUUCUUUCUCCAAAUAUACCUGCUGGAUGUCGCCCAGAUCAAUGCCUUCCAGGCCUCUAUGGUGCUGUUCAUUGGGAAAGCCUGGGGCGCCGUCACAGACCCCGUUGUCGGAUUCUUUAUCACCAAAACCGGACGCACCAGAAUUGGAAGACUCAUGCCCUGGAUGAUCGGCUGCACACCAUUCCUAAUAAUCGCUUAUUUCUACCUCUGGUUCGUCCCUCCGUUCCUGAACUGCCGUUUUAUCUGGUAUCUGGGCUUCUACUGCCUGUACCAGACCCUGAUCACCUGCUUCCAUGUGCCUUAUUCGGCCCUCACCAUGUUUCUGAGCACAGAGCAGAAGGAGAGAGACUCAGCCACUGCCUACAGAAUGACGAUGGAGGUGAUGGGGACUCUGGUUGGCGCGGCGAUCCAGGGCCAGAUCGUCGCCAGCGCCCACACCCGAAAACACUGCCACAACUUGACGACCGCCGCCACCACCGCCGGUUUCCAUGGCAACAUCAGCCGCGCGGAGAUCGUGCGGAGCCUGGUGCGCUCCCAAGACUACCUGUCACAAGCUAAAGAGGUGUACAUGAUCGCAGCCGGGGUCAUCUGCGGAAUCUUCCUCAUCUGUACGCUCGUCAUGUUUGUGGGAGUCAAAGAGAGAGAUGAUCCGUACGGGCCCAAGUCGGACAAACAGGUCUCAUUUUAUAAAGGCUUCGUCCUGGUGAUGAGACACACGCCAUACCUGACCCUCACCGCUGCGUUCCUCUUCAUAACAGUGGCCAUACAGCUGGUACAGAGCAACUUUGUCCUUUUCUGCACCUACGCAGCCGAUUUGAAGGACCACUUUCAGAACAUAGUGCUCACCAUUCUGGUCUCGGCAGUCAUCAGUAUUCCUCUUUGGCAGUGGUUUCUGGAGAGAUUUGGAAAGAAGACAGCAGCGUUUUGUGGCAUCACUUGGAUCAUGCCGUUCACCCUGAUGCUUGUGUUCAUUCCUAACGUGGUGGUGGCCUAUGUGGUGGCAGUGUCUUCAGGACUCAGUGUGGCUGCUUCUCUCCUCCUGCCCUGGUCGAUGCUUCCGGACGUGGUGGAUGACUUCAGACUGGCCAACCCCUUCGCUCGAGGCCACGAAGCCAUAUUUUACUCCUUUUACGUGUUUUUCACCAAGUUCGCUUCCAGCAUCUCCCUGGGGGUCUCCACGCUCUGUCUGGAGUUCGCUGGUUAUGACACUGGAGCGUGUAAACAGCCGGCCCCCGUGGUGUACACCCUGAAGCUGCUCAUCGGCGCCGCCCCGGUGGCCUUCAUCGUCACAGGGUUAAUGAUCCUGCUACUGUAUCCGAUCAGUGAAGAUGUGAGACUCAGGAACAAAGUGUGCCUGGAGGAACUACGGAAACAGAGCAUAAGCUCCAGAACCAUGGAGGACCUGAACCACGUGUGAGGAGGCCACAGACACAAACCUGUUCAGCCCCGAGCUGGAAGCUGUUGAAUAGUGUAUAUUACACUGGUACCUGCAUAUAUUGUUUUAAUGUAAACAUUUCUUUUUAUUUUCUCAUUGACAUGUACUGUAUAGUAAUCUUGGAUAUAUAUAUGAAUUUUUAAUUUAUAUAAAUGAAUGUACUAUUUGCUGUGCUCAGCUCUACAACACUAUUUAUUUAUGAAUGGUCAUUAUAAAGGGUGAUGAGACAAUAAACGUUGUAGAAACUGCA